AACCGAGCGCCGAGAAGCCAAGAGCGAUAAAUGCAGGAAUUCUGACCCAGACACAACAGAAGCCGAGAGAAAUUCGGAUUUAUAAUUCCUGUACAGUCUCCGUGCCGGCGUUCGGGGAGACGGAGCUGUCCCUGAUGUCUCUGCAGGACAGUUGAGAGAGCGCACUACCGAGGAGAGAUGGGGGAGUGGGGAUUCCUGAGUUCGCUCCUGGACGCCGUCCAGGAGCACUCUCCGAUGGUGGGCCGCUUCUGGCUGGUGGUGAUGCUCAUCUUCCGUAUACUUAUCUUGGCUACGGUUGGCAGUGACAUGUUUGAAGAUGAACAGGAGGAGUUUGUGUGUAACACUCUGCAGCCAGGUUGUCGCCAAGUGUGUUAUGACCGAGCGUUUCCCAUCUCCCAUUACCGCUUUUGGGUUUUUCAUAUUGUGCUGUUGUCGGCCCCGGCGGUGCUCUUUGUCAUCUACUCCAUGCACCAGAGCGCCAAGAUGUCAAGGGACGUGGAGGAGGAGGACGCGGCCCGCAGCGGGCAACAAGACACUUCCAGGCCUAAAACGAGGACAGAGCACCGGGGGCGCCACUUGCGCACUUUUUAUAUCGUCAACGUGGUGAUGAGGAUUUUGGCCGAGGUGGGCUUCCUUGUAGGACAGUGGUUUCUCUACGGUUUCAAGGUCGAGCCGCAGUACCUUUGCCAGCGGCUGCCUUGUAAACACACCGUGGACUGCUUUGUGUCCAGGCCUACAGAAAAGACUAUCUUCUUGCAGUUCUACUUUGUGGUGGGGGUAAUUUCUGCACUUCUCAGCUUGGCCGAACUUCUGCACAUCUUGUUUAAGGGAAAGUGCAGGUCUGGGGGGAUAGAGGGUCCCAGCUCUCCCCCGGCUUAUGAGAGGGACAACUGGUCAAACAGGGAGCACGAGAGGACAAGCCACUUCCUGCUCCAAGGCAAGACCAACGAUGACAGGAAGGCCAAUGGCCCUGGCGGACACAGACUCUCCAUAUCAUAUCCUCAGGACACUACGUACAAACUGAAAGUGGCCCCUAGCUCUGCCCACAGCAGCAAAUCUUCGCGCAUGAUGGUGAAAGCAGACUUAACCGUAUAGGAAGACACAAAGCAGAUAAAGUGGAAAUGUAUCGUUCUCCCUGCACGUUGACCCGGUGGUCAGAGAGAGAUACGGGAAAGCUGGCACUAUAAUGGUCUGACCAGAAGUGGCCUCCAGGAACUGGAAGUUUCCCUUGUAAAGGGGUAUUUAUUUACGAGCCUGGGGCAAAAAUCUAUACGGAGUCGUAUAAAACCCGUCGGUGUAACCAGUGCCCCAGUAACCGAAUCUUCCGCCAUUUUAUUUAGCAACCAGUAUCCAUGAUUUUCUACAAAAUGCCAUUUACUUCUAAAAG